AUGUUGUGGAACUGGUACACUAUUGAUGCUUGUUUCCUCUCCAAUUCAUGGCAGAUCAAGAACGCUGGCAUGUUCGCCGCCAGCUGCAUCGGCGUCAGCCUUCUUACCGUUCUCCUUGAGGUCUCCCGCCGCCUAGGCAAAGAAUACGACUCUCUGAUCCAGCGCCAGUUUCAGGCUCGCGCCGCCGAACUCCAGGCUCGCAUACCCAAGGAAACCAACUGCUGCGAACCCCCCGCCGUCGUGGCGCCGCAGACUCUCGUCUUCCGUGCUUCGCCCUUGCAGCAGCUCAUCCGAUCCUUGCUUCACGCCGCUACUUUUGGCCUCGCCUACAUUGUCAUGCUGCUGGCCAUGUACUAUAAUGGAUACCUCAUCAUCUCCAUCAUCAUUGGCGCUGGCCUCGGCAAGUUCUUAUGCGACUGGCUCGUAGUCCGUGUCGUCUUGGACGCUGCGACGCCAUCAAACUCCAAUGCUGCCGGCAUCGAGGAACCGAGUGUUUGCUGCGGCUGA